CAGCGACGCCCUCUCCGCUGACCAAAAACAUUUGAGUCCAGACGUUUAGCGCUCCGGAGAGACCUUUUAUUUUAUUAUAUUCAUCUUUAUUAAUUAGCCCAUAGAGGUUUUUCGAAUAUGGUCUGUGGCGGCUUCACCUGUUCCAAAAAUGCGCUUUGUUCCCUGAAUGUGGUGUACAUGCUGGUGGGGCUGCUGCUGAUCGGGGUGGCAGCAUGGGGGAAGGGGUUCGGCUUGGUGUCGAGCAUCCACAUCAUAGGAGGGGUCAUCGCAGUGGGCGUGUUCCUGCUGCUCAUCGCUAUCGUUGGACUCAUCGGAGCGAUACACCACCACCAAGUCCUGCUCUUCUUUUACAUGGUGAUUCUUUUCAUCGUUUUCCUGUUCCAAUUUGGAGUUUCCAGUUCCUGCUUGGCAAUGAACCGUGGGCAGCAGGAGACACUUCUGAAUUCCACUUGGGGAAUGUUGGAAAACAAGACGAAGACGGACCUGGAGAGCCAACUGAACUGCUGCGGGCUGCUCAACUCUACCUCCACCCACAUUCAGUUUGAACAGGACCUGCUGAGCUGCCCCGCUUUAUGCAAAAAGAACACUAGCUGUUUCACCUGCGGGGACAAAAUGCUGAAUCAUGCAACCGAGGCUCUGAAGAUCCUCGGGGGUGUCGGGCUCUUCUUCAGCUUCACAGAGAUCCUGGGAGUGUGGCUCGCCGUGCGCUACAGGAACCAGAAAGAUCCACGAGCUAACCCAAGUGCUUUCCUAUAGUCGGCCCCCCCUCUACACAGCGCUGUAGGUUUCAUACACACUGGUACACAUAGAAUCAUGCACACCUAGAGGCAGAAACACCGGCUUACAAAACAAAACCACCACAAUACACAGAAUGGACGAGCGCACGCAGCACCUGACGUACACUGAGAAACACACACACACCUCCACCUGAGACUGAGAAACCACAACGACGACCUGGAACCCCUGGAUACUUGUGUAUGAAAGGAUAACUUGUUAUGCCAAGGAGUGUGACUUGUUGGCAUCAUGACCCAGCCUUGAUUUGAGUACCAGAUUUCCAACUAUGUAACAAGGGAAUAGACAUCUCUGCAUGUUUCCUUCGCCUGCACACAGCCUCUCAGUUGAUUUGUAAUCCCACCCACACCUACCAAAUGACCAACAAAAUAACCUGUAUGCACCUUGAAUUGGUCCCUCUUGUCUCUGAUGUAGUUCCACCACAUAGAUAUCAGUAUUGGUCAGUGCUGUGGGUGAUGUGUCGAGCUGUAAACAUGUCCAGUGUGUGUUCUCAAACAGGGAAAAGAAGGAAAAUACUGGACAUGUGGUGUAAAGUAGUUUUUGAAUUGUAUGUAAAUGUUCUUUUUUUGCCACAUUAUGCCAGGAUUUAACAGGAUUAGGAAACAGGAUUAGAUGUUAGGUUAUGUAGUUGAUAGUCCUUCGGGUUCAACGAAUAUUUAUGAACUGUAUCUGAGCCAACUAACUGUCACGAGUCGGAGAUGUUGAGAUGCCUGAGAACGGACUGCAUUCUUGAUGUUGUACAUACACUUUUAGAAAUCACUCUGGAUGGAUUUGAUAUGUAGCUUGCCUGCAUAGUUGAGGUCUUUAAAAGGCCGCAAUAAUCCACCUUUUCUGUAUUUACUAUGUUUCUCUGUGUCACACCGUGAUGUAGCUUAGCAUAGAUUCUGGUACGUACCUUUACCUCCUGUGUAACUGGAAGAAAACACGACAAAUGUAAAAAGAAAAUGUGGUUUUUGCUUUGAAAGAACUGGGUUAAUUUGGCAAAAACCGCUCAUCGCAAACCCAAUUUUAGUGUUAAUUGUGAACGUGUGCUAUUGGUUGCAAUUAUUUUCCUUUUUUUUAUAUAUAAAUAUUUUUGAAUUAUUCUUUAAUGGAAUGGUUCUGUUUUCAGCUCUUAUUUCGUUCAUCAGUGUUAAAUGCUUUGUAAAAAAAACUGUGUUAAAUGUGUUCAGGAUGUCAGUUAAUUUAAGUUUAAGGAUGCACAUUAGGCUGAGGUUGUAUUGUAGUUUUAAUGAUAUCAUUUUACUGCCUUGCUCGAUGUUUAACAUUUCCUGUUGAUAAAUCACUGCUUAUUAACUCUCUCUUUUAAAGGCGUGUUUUCUCUUUUUGAAUUGCUUGAGGACUAACACAAACUGUAUUUACUUGUCUUACUUGAACCUGUCAUUUUGGCCGAUAUGGAUUUCCUGCUGCUGAUUUGGAGUCAUCGCUGGUGUGAGCAAACUCUUUGACAGAUCUUAAGCAUUAUUAUGCCAUAUAUUAAAUCUCACUUUGAAUUUGUGUGCCCUUGUUAUUCAAUUGUAUCUUGACUUUUUGAGACUUAAUUUUCCAGAUAAUAAAACCUCAAAUUGGAAACUGUU